AUAAACCACCGGUUGGGGGCAGCGGUGCCCUCAGAGGGCGUCGGGAUCGCGGGGGGCGUCUGGGGCUGCGGCGGACGGAGGAGGUGCCCGGAUUCUUCGCUGUGGCAGCUCGGAAUGAUGGAUCAAGCCAGAUCAGCAUUUUCUAAUUUGUUUGGUGGAGAACCACUGUCAUAUACCCGGUUCAGCCUGGCUCGACAAGUGGAUGGUGAUAACAGUCACGUGGAGAUGAAACUGGCUGAUGAAGAAGAACAUGUUGAGAAUAAUGUGAGAGCCAAUGUCGCAAAACCAAAAAGGUGCAACGGAACUCUCUGCUACGCGAUGGUUGCUAUAAUCAUUUUUUUCUUGAUUGGAUUUAUGAUUGGUUACUUGGGAAAUUGUAAACGUGUAGAACAAAAAGCUGAGUGUGAGAGCCCGGCGGGAACAGAGGUGCAGGAGUCAGAAAACGCGGAGCCCGAAGAGGACUUGCCUGUAAUACCUCCUCGGUUGUACUGGGAAGACCUCAGGACAAUGUUGUCAGAGAAACUGGAUACCACCGAUUUCACCAGCACCAUCAGGCAGCUGAAUGAGAAUUCUUACAUCCCUCGUGAGGCUGGAUCUCAGAAUGAUGAAAAUCUUGCAUCUUUUGUUGAAAAUAAAUUCCGUGACUUGAAACUUAGCAAAGUCUGGCGUGAUGAACAUUUUGUUAAGAUUCAGGUCAAAGACAAUGCCCAGAACUCUGUGGUCAUAGUGAAUAAGAACAGUGAGGUGCCCGACCUGGUGGAGAAUCCUUUGGGUUAUGUGGCAUAUAGUAAGGCUACCACAGUUACUGGCAAACUGAUCCAUGCCAAUUUUGGCACUAAAAAAGACUUUGAGGACUUGAACUCUCCCGUGAAUGGAUCGAUAGUGAUUGUUAGAGCAGGGAAAAUUACUUUUGCGGAAAAGGUUGCUAAUGCUCAAAGUUUAAAUGCAAUUGGUGUGUUGAUAUACAUGGACCAGAUGAGGUUUCCCAUUGUUAAGGCAGACCUUCCAUUCUUUGGACAUGCUCAUCUGGGAACAGGUGACCCUUACACACCUGGAUUUCCUUCUUUCAAUCACACUCAGUUUCCACCAUCUAAGUCAUCAGGAUUGCCUAAUAUACCUGUCCAGACAAUUUCCAGAGAGGCUGCAGAGAAACUUUUUGGAAACAUGGAAGGAGCCUGUCCUUCUGAGUGGCAAACAGACUCUACAUGUAGGCUCCAGUCCUCCCAGAACAAGAAUGUGAAGCUCACUGUGAACAACGUGAUGAAAGAGGCGAGAAUUCUGAACAUCUUUGGCGUCAUUAAAGGCUUUGAAGAACCAGACCGCUAUAUUGUAGUAGGAGCCCAGAGGGAUGCCUGGGGUCCUGGAGCUGCAAAGUCCAGUGUAGGAACAGCUCUUCUAUUGGAACUUGCCCGGAUGUUCUCAGACAUGGUCUUAAAAGGUGGAUUUAAACCCAGCCGAAGCAUUAUCUUUGCCAGCUGGAGUGCUGGAGACUUUGGAGCUAUUGGUGCCACUGAAUGGCUAGAGGGGUACCUUCCAUCUUUGCAUUUAAAGGCUUUCACUUACAUUAAUCUGGAUAAAGCUGUUCUUGGUACCACAAACUUCAAGGUUUCUGCCAGCCCACUGUUGUAUAAGCUUAUUGGGAAAACAAUGCAAGAUGUGAAGCAUCCAGUUACUGGGCUGUCUCUAUAUCAGGAUAGCAACUGGGUCAACAAAGUUGAGAAACUUUCUUUUGAUAAUGCUGCUUUCCCUUUCCUUGCUUAUUCUGGAAUCCCAUCAGUUUCUUUCUGUUUUUGUGAGGACACGGAUUAUCCUUAUUUGGGUACUACUUUGGAUACCUAUGCGAUGCUGAUCCAGAAGAUUCCUCAGUUGAACAAAAUGGCCCGGGCAGCAGCAGAAGUGGCUGGUCACUUCAUGAUUAAACUUACUCAUGAUGUUGAGUUGAACCUGGAUUAUGAGAUGUAUAACAACAAAUUACUCUCCUUUUUGAGGGAACUGAACCAAUACAGAGCAUACAUAAAGGAGCUGGGCCUGAAUCUGCAGUGGCUGUAUUCUGCUCGUGGAGACUUUUUCCGUGCGACUUCUAGAUUGACAACGGAUUUCAAAAAUGCAGAAAUAACCAACAGAUUUGUCAUGAGGGAAAUCAAUGACCGUAUCAUGAAAGUGGAAUAUCACUUCCUGUCACCCUACGUGUCUCCGAGAGAGUCUCCUUUCCGACACAUCUUCUGGGGCUCUGGCUCGCACACCCUGUCGGCUUUGCUAGAGAACCUGAAUCUGCGUCAGAAAAAUAACGGUGCUUUUAACGAAACACUGCUGAGAAACCAGUUGGCGCUAGCCACUUGGACUAUUCAGGGAGCUGCCAAUGCCCUCUCUGGUGACAUCUGGGACAUUGACAAUGAAUUUUAAAUGUAAUACCCAUAACUUACAGAAGAACAGCAGGCUAAUCUGGUUUCUGGACUUGUGCUGGUGGGCUAAAUUUUCAGUAGGGCUAUAAAACCUAAUGUUAAAAUUCUACCCAAUCAUCUUGAUACUAGAUGUCUUAAGGCAGCAGCUUUUAGUACAGGGUAGGUACCUGCACUUCAAGGUAAAGUGAAUAACCACUUCAAAAUGUUCACAAUAGAAGAUUUUCUCUGAUUAUCUGCAGAAUGUUAAGUGCUUUGUAAUGGCAACUGCCUCUUUCCUGUUACAGUUAUGAAAACGUCAGAACCAGUUAUGUGAACUAUUGCUCUAAAUCCUAAGGACAUGAGCUGGUAUCUCUUGAGGUGGGAGGAGGAAGGUGGUGUCAGUUGAAGAAAGUGAACAGCAUGAUGUGACCCUCUACCUUCAUUUGAUGCUGGAUAGGGAGGAGAUGAACCAGGUUGCAGGACCUUAUUCUAAUGAGGUAUAUGUCUUUCCAUAAGGAUUUAGCUGGUUUCCACAUCCCUCAAUCAAACAGUUAACUCUGAGAUAGGACUUGUCUUCUUGCCAGUGAGGUCUGACUGAAAUGGAGGUCCUUUAGCUGGAUGAAACAAGGUUCAACUGUUUAUUGCAGGAGUCAGGCCUUAAUGUGUUAACCUCAAUAUUAUUUAUAAGAAGAGGAGACCAGAAGCCAAAGACUUAGUGGGUUUUCUUUUCCUCUGUCCCCUGCCCCGCAAGUCUUUGUUUAGUUCUUUGUUGGUUUUGUGUUUUCCAAAGUUUUGAAAGAGAACCAGUUUUAGGUGUUUAAGUUCAAAUUGUUUGUCAGACUUUAAAGAACACACUGCCAAAUUUUGGCCAAAGUGUUAAUAUUUUGGGAAAGCUUUCUAUCAUUUUGGCACUGAGAUAUUUAUUGUUUAUUUAUCAGUGACAGAGUUCACUAUAAAUGGUGUUUUUUUUAUAGAAGAUAAUUAUCGGAAGCAGUGCCUUCCAUAAUUAUGACAGUUAUACUGUCGUUUUUUUUGAAUAAAAGCAGCAUCUGCUAAUAAAACCCAACAGAUACUGGAAGUUUUGCAUUCAUGAUCGACACUAUAGAGGGUUUUAGAAAACAGCCGCAUUCCCCCCCCAAAAAAAUUAGAGAUUGGAAGAGAAUUAAAUUUAAUUAGGGAUAGCUAAUCAAGUUAGACUUCUAUUUAGCUGACCAGAUAAAAAUGAUAGUUCUCCGGAAUAUAAUGAACUACGUUCUAAACCAAGUUCUAAAUAAAUGUCACCUAAAGGCUGUGGGUAUUGCUCAUGCAGAAUUUUAUGGCUACAUUUAUCCAGGAUAUAGCUCAGAAUGCAAUUUUGCAAAAUUUCCAGUACCUUUGUCAGAAACCUAACUCACAUUAUCGGGGGCAGUGUCUUCCAUAAUGUAUAAAGAACAAGGUAGUUUUUGCCUACCACAGUGUCUGUAUCGGAGACAGUGAUCUCCAUAUGUUACACUAGGGUGUACGUAAUUUCCGGGAACAGGGUUUCCCUUUGUUUUCUUCAUGCAGUGACAUCUUCAGAGCUUGAAGGUCGUUAGUAUCUAACAUGUAUUCCCAACUCCCUGUAAUCCUCUUUUAGUUUUAGUUGCAGAAACAUUUUGUGGUCAUGAAGCAUUUGGUGGAUAAAUUCAGUUGCUAUAAAGUAAACUACCUUCAAGAUUUUUUUUUUUUAAAUUUAAUAUGGGUGUUGUCAUCUUUUUUUUCCCCCGCUCCGGGUCUUCUGUUUAGCAGGAUAGUAGCAUACAUCUAUAAUGUUUGCUGUUGACAAAUGAAUUUAACUUCGUCCCUGUAUUUGCAUGUAAACUCUUAGAAUCCUAGUUCAGACAAGUUUAAAGUCCAGAAUUGACCUUUUGGCUUACAUUGGGUUGCUUCCACAGGAGGAGUGGCGGAGGGGAAGUAAGGUUAUGAGAAGGUAAAGCUUAUAUAAAACAGCCUUUGAUCAUGUCUACCUACCCAUUAGGAUGUGGAGUAUUAGAUGUAGAUCUGGACAAAUCAGUUUGAGGCUGUGUGAAGUCCAGCCAUCAUUUUAAACCUAAAAGUUCAAAACUACCACCUAAGAAAAAGUCCAUAAGGUCUCUUAAGGUUCUUAAACUUAGUGUCACUUAGCUAAGCUACAAUAGACCUUGGUUAUGACAGGCUCACUGAGUUGUUUCUCUACUCACAGUCUCUUUAAUCUUCACGUGGUUUGUGGGCCCAUAUUCAGUGUAAAUACAUGAGAAGGUCAUAGCUGGGAUUCCUGGUUUAGGUAUCAUACAUGUACAUGCUUUAAGCGAAGCUCCUUGACUUUAAGGAGUGAUAUGAACAAAGGGCAUGCAUUUUACAGCAGGAAAUCUCUUCCAGAAAACCUGUGUGCUUAGGGUUAUUUCCAGUCAGACAUGCCAGUGACGAAGAGGCUCGAUAUCUCCUUAAGGAGAUAAAAUGUCAACCAGAGACAACCUGCUGGUUGUCAGAUUCAUUUUUUUCUCUGGUUAAAGAUACCAUAUGCAUUUUGAAGAUAAAGGAUAAGUUGAGUGAGCUCCAUCAUGAUUCACUAUUCUAGAACUUGCAUGACUUUUUACUGUGUCUACUCUUUGAAUGUUCUCAGAAUUCUAGACUUGCCAAUCUACUGUUCAGCUGUAUCUUUGUGACAAGUGACAUGCCCUUAUAACUAUAUAUAAACUUGUAUGUGCAACAAUGUGGAGAUUCCUUGCCUGAUUCAAUAAAAUGUUGGAAUACUGA